CGGACCCCAGAGAAUUGCGACGCGAGAAGCGAACCAGAGCUAAAGGAGGCGCGCGGCGCCCGCGCCCACCACUUCACUUAGACGCCGACUGCUCUGCGCUUCUUAUCUUCGAGCUAACAUGAACAUGCUGGCGUGGGCAGCGGUUUUAUUGGCGAUUGGUCUGGCGGUCGAUGCUGCGAAGCCGGACCCCCCUCUGGACAUCACCACUCUUGGCUCGCAAAAGUUAGCCACUGCUUCCGGCUGCUCCAAACCCGUCGCCUUUUCCGGCACUCAUGCUGACAUCCAGGAUGCCAAAUUGGUCCUCAGUGAAACGCUCUUAGAUCAAGGCGUAGGUUAUGCAGCGUCGACCGGCACGUUCACCACUUACUGCCCAGGCCUGUAUCAAUUCAGCUUUUCGGGCUACGGAAGCAGUGACUUACGCAUGACAUUGAAACGCAAGCUCAACAAAACCGACGACUGGCAACCGAUCGCGAGCACAGGACCCCACGGAGGCGCCAAUACCGUAUUGUUGCGCAUGGCUCUUGGUGAUCAAGUAGCUAUAUUCGUCGACACCGGCAAACCUGACGACAGCACCACCACUUUCAGCGGUUACCGCAUCGCGAAGGAGUGAUUCUCUCCUUAUUAUAUCCACGACACUUUGUCCGCUCACUUUCAAUUGGAUUUAAGCGUGUGCGAUCCCAACGCUUACCUGUGAUAGCCUCCCUUUUGUCUUUCUAUGCUCGCUUAACGUCUCGUUGCACGGCAUUAUUCUGUUAACACUUUGUUUUGCUCUUGGUUUUCGGAAAUUUUAUUACUGUUUCAUUCUUUGAUUACAACUGCCACUUGACGCUAGCGACUCUGGGUACUUAAUUCUCUAAUUCUGAUCUAUACUUGUACUCUUACUUUUACUCUACGUCUUUUGUAAAUACGUUUCCUUCUUCCUCAUUUCUCCUACUUUUUCUCUCUACCUGUACUGUACUGUGCCUAUUUUCUAUUCUACGAUCUUCUUUUACACAUUUUCAUUUCCAGCUAUUACACUGACGCCUAUUCUUUUCUUUUCUUUUCUGUUUCACGACUGAUCCUCAAUGUUCUACCGUAUUUCUCCGUUUCGUGACUCUACCUAUCAGUAUUACUUUUUCAAUAUCUCAAUGGACGUCGAAUCUUGCCAGAAUAAUAUUUACUUUUAUCUUUGCUUACUUGUUCCAUGUCUAUUCAUUUUCAGUUUUUUGCUCGCUCUAUCUGCCUACUUUUUUCAACCUGUCUACUAUCUACUUGGCGUUUGCUACUGGAUACUAUCUUCUUUACUUGAACUUUUUCUAUUUUCCACGCUGUUUGUCAUUUUCUUUUUCUUUUCAUUCUAAAAAUACUGAUUUUUUUCCUACGAAUUUCUAUUUAAAUUUCUUUUUUUAUUUCUUAUAAUACAAUCUUAUUCUACUUUGUCUCAACUUUACUUUGCAAAUUACUUUUUUUUUUUUUCAUUUCCAAUUUCUUUUUUUCAACCUACCGUGUAAAUACUUUAUUUUUUACUAUUUACUAUUUUCAAAAUCUAUACUUUCAUAUUUCUAUCAAUAAUGCAUCUUACAGAUUUAUACAAAUUUUCUUUCAAACUGACUUUUCUAAAUUAUCAUUUUCCUAUCUCUAUUUUUUUCUCUGCUAUUCCUUUCAUUCUGUAAA